AUUGGGCGGCGUGAGAGCGCCGCGGUCCCGCGGCCCUGCUGCCGCCGCCAGCAGAGCGCACCGGGCGGGCCGGGCGAGUGGCCAUGGCGGGCCCCGAGGACGGGCCGGGCCAGCGGCCGGAACUCGACGAGGACGAGGCGGCGUCCUGCCGGCGCUGGGGCGCGCAGCACGCCGGGGCCCGCGAGCUCGCCGCGCUCUACUCGCCAGGCAAGCGCUUCCAGGAAUGGUGCUGCGUGGUCCUGUGCUUCAGCCUCAUUGCCCACAACCUGGCCCAUCUCCUGUUGCUGGCCCGCUGGGAGCACACGCCCCUCGUCAUGCUGGGUGUCGUUGCAGGGGCUCUCAUUGCUGACUUCCUGUCUGGCCUGGUGCACUGGGGAGCCGACACGUGGGGCUCCGUGGAGCUGCCCAUCGUGGGGAAGGCUUUCAUCCGGCCAUUCCGGGAGCAUCACAUCGACCCCACAGCCAUUACGCGACACGACUUCAUUGAGACCAACGGGGACAAUUGCCUGGUGACUCUGCUGCCACUGCUAAACAUGGCCUACAAGUUCCGCACCCAGACCCCUGAAGCCUUGGAGCAGCUGUAUCCCUGGGAGUGCUUUGUCUUCUGCCUGAUCAUCUUCGGCACGUUCACCAACCAGAUCCACAAGUGGUCGCACACAUACUUCGGGCUGCCACGCUGGGUCACACUCCUGCAGGACUGGCACAUCAUCCUGCCUCGUAAACACCACCGCAUCCACCACGUCUCACCCCACGAGACCUACUUCUGCAUCACCACAGGCUGGCUCAACUACCCUCUGGAGAAGAUGGGCUUCUGGCGACGGCUGGAGGACCUCAUCCAGGGCCUGACGGGAGAGAAGCCUCGGGCGGAUGACAUGAAAUGGGCCCAGAAGAUCAAAUAACUCCUCCAAGCCUGUCACCUUAUUGCCAACCUUCCCCGGUCCCCCUCCCAAACCGAAGCCAUCUGCCAAAUUCCAGCCUCCUCGCUGGCCCCUCCGAGUGGAGAGGAUGCCUCCUGGGCUGGGCCCGGGCACCCCUAGCCCACCCCUCGUGACACAGAAUACUUGAGCCACUGAUUUUUCAUUUCCUUCCUUUUCUGUUUCCUUGGCCCCUGCCCAGCCACCUGAGCUGCUCUGUCUACCAAGCCUGACUCUGCAGAAAAAGGAGCCCCAUCUGCCAGCCACCCCUUGGUCAGAGGGGACACUCACCCACAACCUGUGUCACCAGGCAGCCCUUCAGCAUGGCUGGUGUUGGGGCCACUGAGUCGUCUUAUCUGCCCCUCCUUGUCUGGCCCAAGUUGGUCUUGGAGCUGCUAAGUACACCCCAGUGCCCCUGUACCAUUGCCCUGCCACAGCACUCAAGCUGACCCCGCAGGCCUGGGUGGGUGGGCAUCCCCAGCCUGCCUACCCUGGGUGAUGAAGUGCAGCCAGCAUCUAAGGGCAGCCGGCCUUCCCCUGGAUCACCCUCCCUUGCCCCUCCCCCAGCUGUCCAUGAUUCCAGCUAGAGCUGAUGCCUCUAACGGGAGCCCCUGCAAAGGGUCUUUGCAAUUUGCAAGGGGACUCAUUGUCCCCUCUGGCCAGGGGUAUGUCAGAGAAGGAAGAGGGGCUUUUUUGUUUUGACUGGUUUUUUUUUUUAAAGGUGCUUGCUUGUUUAAUGUAAAUAAUAGAAAGCCUUAAUAUCUUUUCUGUAACACGGAGUAAUAUUUUAAUGUCAUGUUUUGGAUGUACAUAAUAUAUUUAUAACAAAGCAGCAAGAGUCUACUUAACCUUGGCUGCGUGGUGUUUCCUGGCUGGUUGGCUGGGGGAGGGGUGGUAAGGAGCCUGGUGGGUGAGGCCCCCACUCCACUCCCAACGCCCCCUCCAGCCUUGGGCUCAGGAUGGAAUUGUUGCCUGAGACAGUGAAUAAAUGUUAACAAAUCGUGGAGGGGAUCCACGAUUUGAUGAGGCAUGCUUUUCGUUCAGGAGAUCAUGGUCAUGAGACAUGAAGGGAGAUCCCUAUUGGUGAAUUCCUGUAGCAAGUAUUGACUGGCACCUGCUGUAGGCCAGGCCUCACCUGGACACUAGGGCACAGCAGUGAACAAACAGGCAAAGAUUAACCCUGGCAGAGCUGACCUACCAGGGAAAGAGACAAUAAAUAUCAAUAAAUGCACAUGGACCUGCAGAUGCUGAUUUGUAAAGGAUGGAACCACACCGGGGAAGCAGGGUGGG